CCGCUGAAGAGAGAAGACACUGAGCGUGCUCUGCAGGUGAUGGAGGCCUGUCAGGCCGGAGCGGCCGACGGGGUCAAAGGUCGCGCUGAGAAACUGCUGAACAUCUUCCAGAGUGACCUGUUCCAGGCUCUGCUGGACAUUCAGGAGUUCUACGAGCUGACCAUCGGUGAGAACCAGACUACGACAACAAGCCGUCCACACACACCUGGACAGAAGUAUCGUUACCAAGACGAUGAGACUCCGCCUGCCGACCCCAGCCCCGGACACGUAACUCACGGACGCAGCACAGAGCCCAGUCACACACACCUGGACGGAUACACACACCCUGCUGCUGUCACGAUGAACGGAUCAGAAGGAGAGCUGGAGUACGAAGAGAUCACUCUGGAGAGGGGUAACUCUGGUCUGGGAUUCAGCAUCGCAGGAGGAACUGAUAAUCCUCACAUUGGAGACGACCCGUCCAUCUUCAUCACCAAGAUCAUUCCUGGAGGAGCUGCUGCCCAGGACGGACGCCUCAGAGUCAACGACAGCAUCGUGUUCGUUAACGACGUGGACGUGCGUGAGGUCACUCACUCCCUCGCGGUGGAGGCGCUGAAGGAGGCGGGGCCUGUCGUCAGGCUGUACGUGUUGCGGAGACGCCCACCCAGCGAGCGCGUCACGCAGAUCAAACUCAUGAAGGGACCCAAAGGUCUGGGGUUCAGUAUAGCGGGCGGUGUGGGGAACCAACAUGUUCCCGGAGACAACAGCAUCUACGUCACCAAGAUCAUCGAGGGAGGAGCAGCGCACCGCGACGGACGGCUACAGAUCGGGGACAAAAUAUUGGCCGUGAACCACGUGUCUCUGGAGGACGUCCUCCACGAAGACGCCGUGGUGGCGCUGAAGAACACGGGCGAGGUCGUGUACCUGAAGGUGGCGGCGCCCACCGCGCAGUACAUGCACCCAGCGGACCGCUACAGCCCCCCCGACCUCACCAGCUCCUACAUGGAGCCGGACUACAUGUGCGAUUACCCACAAGCCCUCGGUCCUCCGUCUCCACGGCGAUACUCCCCUAUCCCCCGCGGCAUGAUGGGAGAGGACGAUUACUCCCGGGAGCCUCGGCGCGUCUGCGUCCAACGUGGCUCCACCGGGCUGGGAUUCAACAUUGUCGGAGGAGAGGACGGCGAGGGAAUCUUCAUCUCCUUCAUCCUCGCCGGGGGGCCGGCAGACCUCAGCGGGGAGCUGCGCAAGGGGGACCAGAUCCUGAGUGUGAAUGGUGUGGAUCUCCGGUAUGCGACACAUGAACAGGCAGCAGCAGCUCUGAAGAACGCCGGACAAACGGUGACCAUCGUGGCUCAGUACAGACCUGAAGAGUACAGUCGCUUCGAAGCAAAGAUCCACGACCUGAGAGAGCAGAUGAUGAACAACUCGUCUGGAAGUCUGAGAGCCAACCGCAGCUUCUACCUCAGGGCGCUGUUUGACUACGAUAAGCAGUGGGACUGCGGCGUCCUCUCACAGGCUCUGGACUUUAACUUCGGCGAGGUUCUUCAUGUGAUGGACAGCGGCGACGACGAGUGGUGGCAGGCCAGACGGGUGAACCAGCAGGGCGAGAUGGAGGAACUGGGAUACAUCCCGUCCAAACACAGAGUGGAGAGGAAAGAGUGGUCACGCAUGAAGGGGAAAGGUCGAGAAGGGUUUGUUCACAGCUACGAGCUCGUCACUCAGAUUGAAGUGGACUACGCCCGUCCUGUCAUCAUCCUGGGGCCGACCAAAGACCGCGUCAACGAUGACCUGCUGUCUGACUUCCCGGACAAGUUCGGCUCCUGCGUUCCUCACACGACUCGCCCUCAGAGGGACUACGAGGCCGAUGGGCGGGACUACCACUUUGUGUCGUCACGGGAACAGAUGGAGCGAGACAUCCAGUCGCACCGCUUCAUCGAGGCGGGGCAGUACAACAACCACCUGUACGGGACGUCGGUGCAGAGCGUCCGACAGGUGGCCGAGCAGGGGAAGCACUGCAUCCUGGACGUGUCGGCCAACGCUGUGAGGAGGCUGCAGGCCGCUCAGCUUCAACCCAUCGCCAUUUUCAUCCGACCACGAUCCCUGGAGAACAUCCUGGAUCUGAAUAAGCGUCUGUCGGAGGAUCAGGCGAGGAAAGCUCUGGAUCGAGCCAUCAAACUGGAACAAGACUUCCUCGAGUGUUUCACGGCCAUCGUGCACGGGGACAGCUUCGAGGAGGUCUACCAUCUGGUCAAAGCUGUCAUAGAGGAGCAGAGCGGCCCAUACAUCUGGGUUCCCGCUCGCGACAGGCUCUGAUUGGAUGCACUGCCAACGACGGGCUCCGUCUCCAUGGAAACUGCCGACGUGACCUGGCGGUUUCUUAUUUUUCUUUCUACGGGGUGAAGAUGAGCCACGUGGUGAUUGGACGGAUGCUGUCGAACUAAGAAAGAUGUUUUGAUGAUUGAUCAGUGAAUAAUGAAUCAGGACUGUAGAGUUCAGUUGGUAUUGAAGUAUUUAUAAUAUCCUAUUUAUUUAUUUAUUUAUCUAUUUAUUUAUUUAUUUAUUUAUUUACGUGAUGUGAAAAUGGUGUGUGUGUGUGCUUGAGUGUGUGUGCGUGUGUGUUUGUGUGUAGUGUACAUAAAGACUUGUGUGACUGUAAAUAAAAUGAUGGGGCUCAAACA